AAAUAGAAUGUUGUGUAUUAAAGUUUAGUGACAGAGUGAUGCCUCCUGUCAGAUGCUCUUAUCUCCGCAGCAGUAGUUCCUUCACUUCCUGAACACCUCGUCUCCUCCACACUAGUGUUUUCAUCCCGGUGUUUGUGCUGCUUCCUCUGACCUCAGCUCCUCCGGCUUGAUAUCUGUCUGUCUGCCGCUUCUUUAACCUGAACAACAACAAACAACCCUGGAGGUCGGUGCUCCGGUCCGGGUCCCGAGGAGCUAGCUUUAGGAGGCUACUGGAGCGUUUGACGUUAGCCGAGCGAGGCAUCUGGACAGCGGGCAGAGGGAGCGCAGCAUGGCCGCGGGGAGCGACAGCCAGGCGGCGGAGGAGAAGAGGACGAGCGGGAGUCAGAGUGAAGUCCACAGGAGGCUGAAGUACAUCAGUCUGGCCGUGCUGGUGGUCCAGAACGCGUCGCUCAUCCUCAGCAUCCGAUACGUCCGCACGUUGCCGGGCGACCGCUUCUUCACGACGUCGGCCGUUGUCAUGGCGGAGGUCCUGAAGGUCUUGACCUGUCUGUUCAUCAUCCUGCUGCAGAAAAAAU